UUAAAUUGAAAACGAAUUUUAUUACAGCUGUUAAAAAAGCGGUCUUUAUCGGAAAUUAUUGUUAUUCCGUUCCGAAUUGAAUCAAUUUACCUCAAAAUAAACACCAAAAGGUUAUCUGUUUACAGUGGUUUGUUGGUUCUAAUAUGGCGACGGAUGUGUGAUACCACUGCUCAGCUGCCCAUUGGAAGUAGCUGGAGCGGCGCUCGGUUCCCACGUAGCUUUUGUUGUGUGAUGACUUUAAUUUUAGUUAAAGGGCAAAAUAGCAAGAAUUUCUUAAUAUGAGUGAUGACAAACCCUUCCAGUGUACUGCUCCGGGGUGUGGACAGAGAUUUACAAAUGAAGACCACUUGGCUGUCCACAGACACAAACACGAGAUGACACUAAAGUUUGGCCCAGCAAGGACAGAAAAUAUCAUAAUUGCUGACCAAACGCCUACACCCACUCGCUUUUUAAAGAACUGCGAGGAAGUUGGGCUUUUCAAUGAGCUUGCCAGUCCUUUUGACCAUGACUUCAAAAAAGCAGCUGAAGAUGACCUGAAGAAGUUACCUCUGGAUUUGUCACCUCUUGCUACACCAGUCAUACGCAACAAAACUGAGGAACGCACGGCUGUAGAUGCACAUCGGGACAGCCCCCUUCCUCAUCCUGAGUCCACCACAAAUGAUGACAAGGACUUAACUUUGCAGCCAGCCUCACUGCCAACAUCCACUAUAGUCCAUCCUGCAUCCCUCCAAGUUCCCAAUGUACUUCUAGCAACCACGGAGGCUAAUGUUGUAAUACAGCCAGCUCUCCCAUCGCCAACAUCUAGCUCUGUUAUUACCCAGGUCCCAUCCACUAAUAGGCCCAUAGUACCGGUGUCUGGCACCUUCCCCGUGCUCUUACAGUUGCCUAAUGGUCAGACCAUGCCAGUGGCAAUACCUGCCUCUAUUACCAGCUCAAGUGUUCAUAUUCCAACUGCAAUCCCUGUGAGUGUCGAGCUUGUCAGACCCGUCACCGUCGUGCCCGCCGUCCCUGGAAUCCCCGGACCUCCCUCGCCGCAGCCGCCGCCACCGCCCGCCCAAACAGAAGCAAAGCUGACGCUGAAAGCCACGUUAAGCCAGCAGCUUCCUCAGGUAACCAAUGGAGACAACGGCGAGAUCCAAAGUAGUGCUGUGACCCACACAGCACCGGCUUCCCCUGGUCCGACCCCACCUCCCGCCCCGGCCGCCAUCCUAACUCCGGCUCCUCUCCCACCUAAAACGGAGGAACUCUCCACACAUUCUCUGCAGCAGCCAGCCACCUCUACCACAGAGACACCCGCCUCUCCAGCUCCCCCCGCACAAAACCCUCCAACCACAGGAGGCCGGCGGCGCAGGACCACAUCUGAGGACCCAGACGAGAAGCGCCGCAAGUUCCUGGAGCGCAACAGAGCUGCAGCCUCCCGCUGCAGGCAGAAGAGGAAAGUCUGGGUCCAAUCUUUGGAGAAGAAAGCUGAGGACCUCAGCUCCAUGAACGGACAACUACAGAAUGAAGUGACCCUGCUGAGAAACGAGGUGGCUCAGCUGAAGCAGCUUCUUCUGGCUCAUAAAGAUUGCCCUGUAACCGCCAUGCAAAAGAAGUCUGGCUAUCACAUUUCGGACCGGGAAGAGAGCUGCGAAGAGAUGUCCGUCCCCAGCAGCCCCCAGAACGAGGCCAUCCAGCACAGCUCCGUCAGCACCUCCAACGGGAUCAGCUCCUCGGCCAGCGCCGCCUCUUCCGCCGCUCCGUCCAACCACAGCACAGAGGACGGGCAGCAGGGCGCCACCCAGACCCAACCUUCAGGAAGCUGAACGUCCAAAACUCCGCCUGAGUCCACACUGACAAACGGAUGAAAAAACUUCCUCCAGCUUCAAUUCAGACAGUUUCUCAUUUGUUCUUGAUUGAUUUUAUUUAUGUUUGGUCCAUUUUUAUACUUGAUAGUCUUUUGAAGAUGUUUUCUUUGGAAUUAACUAAGACAAAAGAACAAGCACUUUAGGUGUAAGAUGUAAAAUACGUGGUUCUUAACUCUUUUUGUAUUUCUGUGACUUAUUUAUUAAUAUUAUAUAUAUAUAUUUUUAUUUAAAAGCAAUCAGCUGAAACAGUCGAUCGGUGAAUUGUUGGCAACUUUACCAAAGUAUGUUUUGGCACAUUUAAACUUAAUUGCUUCAUGUCUUUAUUAUUACUUUUAUAAGCUCGAUCUUUAUAAUGAAGUUAAGCAACGACACUUCUUUUGUUUUUUGCUUUUCUUUUUCAAUUUUGCACAUUUCAGAGAGACGGCUGGUCUAAGUUUCGUCAAGCAUGGCAGCUUUUUAGUCGUAGUUUUAUGCAAAACUGUCAUGAACCUUAAAAAAAAAAAAAAAAAAAAAAAAGCUGAAGCGCAUUUGAAGACGUGGAUCAGCUGUGAAUGUUGGAGCUCGCCUCUGCCUGUAAAAAGAAUCUCAUGGAAGCGAGCGGGUUAGUUCCUUCAUUGACAUUCCAUGUGUCGUUUGAUUGUUCCUGAAGCAGUGAUUGUAGGAUUGCAGUACUUUUUUCCAUUACUCUGAACUCGUGGCUUCUCUCAGUGCCAUGUAUGGUUUUUUUAGUCUUUUAAUGCUGAUUAGCUCGAGUUGCUGUUCUGUCAUAAUGAAGUCCCAUGAACAUAAAAGCUUUGCAGAAUUUUUUUUUUGUUUUUUUGGGUGGCUGUAGCAUAUAAUGCACUGUUUUCAUAAAUGAACUUCCUGGCAUUUUUAGAAGGCAUUGUAAAUGACAUGAAAGAUCCAAUGUUCCUUCUUGAUGUUGUUCUUAGAGCGUUGGAUUCAGUAGCUGAGCUCUUUGCAUCACAAAUCCUCUAAUGUGUCUUUAGGAUGCAUUUCUGACGGUAGGUUUCCAUGUUAAAGAUGUGAACUGGAAUCACAUCAUGUACAUUAGAGAAACGCGACAGCUCUAACAGUUCUGAGCUUUCAGCCAAAAGAUGAAACAAAAUUUCAUGUCUUGAAGUCAGCCUUUUUCUCUAGUCUCUACUGACUUACUACUGUGUAGUUUUACAAACAGCUAAGGCAUCGUUUUCUUAUCACGUGAUUUUUAAGGUUUUACUGUUAUGUGCUAUCUGCAUGAGAUAACAAUUCUCUGCGAGAAUUUGUUUAUUUAAUGUCUCAUUUUAGAAAAUAACAAGUUAUUCCGACUUGAUUCAUUCAAAGCUUUGGUAAUUUGUUUUACCCUGGCUUAACUGCUGAAAAUGGGAUGUGACUGUGUUUCAAAUGUUCUUGUAACGUAAAAGUUCUGUUUCAAAUUUGAAUUGAAAAGUUGUAAUAAACCUUGUUAUAACUCUUUAAAA